AUGGCGGAUGAAGAUGUUACGCUGGAUGGUAAACCGCUACAAUCCCUACGUGUGGCGGAUUUGAAAGCCGCUUUGGAGCAUCGACACCUCCCUAAAAGCGGGGCGAAAAAUGCGCUCGUUAAGCGACUAAAAGGGGUAAGUUUGGCGCCGGUUAUUGCUUCUACGGACAAGCUGGUCAAGUUCAGCAGGAGGCGAGAGUGGAUUUAUAGGCCGUGUGUCGGUGGUUCGGGAGCGGGAAUGCAUAAUAUUAGGCACUCAUACGCGUGCGGAGGAUUUCAGGUCUGGCAAAUGAUCCAUCGGUAUGUUAAAAUACGUCGAACCAAUUGUAGAACUAUAUAUUGUGUGGUGCAACACUCUUCAAAGUUGAUAUGUGUUGCACGGACCGAACUGAAGGCCCAACCGGAGUGUGUUUAUGCUAGCGAACUAACCAGCAGCAGUCCCUCUCUCGUCGGGCCCGCGCUCUGUGUGAGUGAGAGGAAAAGGGGGCAGGGUGAUUGUGUACGCGCCUGCCCAUAUGCGCCGUUUACAGUAACAGUAGCUCGCUAGCUACGUAGUUAGCUUAGUAAGGCAAACAUAUUUAGGAGAUAAUUAACGUGAAGUUGCUUUUAUUUUUCUCUUCAAUUAGCUAGCUAUAUUAUUACCUAGUUACAUUUUCCUUAACAAUACCGCCAAUGAAAAACAUUAGGUUUCCAGCAAGCUAGUGCUGAAUAUUAAUUUGCACACCACCAUUAGAAAAUUGAUUUCCCAAUUGCAUUAUAAUUGCCUCAUAAGUGUGAUAACUUAAUUGCACACAAUGCUCAGCAAUCACAAAUAAUUGCAUAAAUUAUAACUACCCGUUUUUUAAUCAGCCAUGCAGUUUACUUUGCGUGUAUAAUGGUCUAUAUCCUGUGUGUGAAAAUGGGCUAUUCUUCCGCAUUUCCAAUCGAAUGCAAGCUGAAGGUUUGCAAAAUGUCAGUGGAAGGGCAAUCGAAACUGGCUGGCACUCUAACCUCAAUGACCGGAGUCGAUUUGGAUCAUUACCCAAUGAUGCCCCUCCUUCUAUGCAACUGACCAACGAACGAUUCAUUUCGCUUCUACGUUCCGUAUUUAGCCUAUAUGGAAUAAAAACGGGUCUGUUCAUUAGAAGAGAAUCUCCAUACAGAGGGCAGGACAGAGAGAGUGUUUCAGAGACCCUGCUCCCGACCACUAUGACGACGUUUUGGGCAUCACUUGCAGCUGGAGUUGAAUGGGAACAAGGGCUUGCUGUCCUGUCUAGGAUGCUACAUUUGUUGACUGAUUUCAUCUAUGUGCCUGUAAUCAUUCGGUUAGUUUUGCUACAAUGUAAAUGUUUAGUACUGUCUAUAUUGCUAUUAUUAUUAUUUUCUCUCCUAUGAUGAUCCCGCCAUGCUAAUACUGAUGCACCAGACUGGCAGUGUGUCUCUCUGGGUGCAAGUGAGUUAAACUCACCUUUGCAUACUGACUGGGUCAGUGUGUGCUGAGGAGAAUGAACAAAUAGCUCUUAUUAACCUGCAUUUCUUACGUGUUUUAACCGGUAUUUUGGUCGCUGUUUCAGGCUCUGAUGUUGGAGAAUGUAAAGAGGACCUCCACUUCCCACAUUGGGCUCCAGCCCAACUCCCAGGUAAGAGCAAUACACUACUGGUUGGAGAGUCGACACUAGAUGUAGAGACAAUGUUAUGGAGGUUACCUAAUUUAAUUGUCAGUCAUCUGUGUGUUUCAGACCAGAUAUGUAUUUUUUUACCCUCAAAUGAAUUCGAAAAUAUUUCUACCUGUAUUGUUAAAUGCACAAAGGUGAUCAUUUUACCCCCCUCCUGAUUGUGUGUCUAUCGUUUUAGAUUGGGGUGAAGAUGAGUCCUGUAUCAUUAAAACGCACAUAUAGCCUAGUCUUUCCCUUCCGGUUUUCUAAUGUUGUGACUAUAUCCCCUGUGUGUUCAGAUUGGGGAGGAGAUGAGCCAGAACAGCUUUAUAAAGCAGUACCUGGCCCAGCAGCAGGAGCUCCUCCGCCAGAGGCUGGAGAGAGAGGCCCGGGAGGCGGCCGAGGCCGAUGGUAAGACACCCACAACCAGGCUUUAAUAGCCACACUAGCACACUACUUAGCACGGAAUGCUAGUGUCGAGUGGACAUUGGACCAUAGUCUGUUCCAAUAUCCACACUGAAGCAAUGUUUUGCGCAUGCAUUGUAAGUAGUAUGCUAGUGUGGACAUAGAGGCAGACUUGAACUACAUCUGAACAAUGUACGAUGGCCCUAUAGCUUAGUGCAGUUAACAACUGUAGAGUGAUACCAGUGGCACUAUAUGAAUGGAGGGCAGUUAGCUGAGUGCCAUUCACAUCUGCAUAUAAACCGUGGCCUUAUAGCUGAGUGCAUUUCUCAUCUGCAUAUAUGGCUAGUGGGCCCAUCUCAGGCCUCUUGCACCAUGUAAUGGCCCCAAGUCCUUAUUGUCUCCGAUGAUGAUCCCGCCAUGCUAAUACUGAUGCACCAGACUGACAGUGUGUCUCUCUGGGUGCAAGUGAGUUAAACUCACCUUCUCAUACUGACUGGGUCAGUGUGGGCUGAGGAGAACUGCUAGAAAUUAACCACAAUACCCACUUUAAUAUAUUUUAUUAUUUUACCCGAAAGGGUACUAACACAACUUCUGUGUCUUUAUUAAUUAAAUUGAACCUUUAUUUAACAAGGCAAGUCAAUUAAGAACAAAUUCUUAUUUACAAUGACGGCCUACCAAGAGGCCUCUUGCGUGGAUGGGGGCUGGGAUUAAAAAUAAAAAUGUAGGACAAAACACACAUUACGACAAGAGACACCACAACACUACAUAAAGAGAGACCUAAGACAACACAGCAUAGCAGCAACAACACGGUAGCAACACAACAUGGCAGCAGCACAACAUGGUACAAACAUUGUUAGGCACAGACAACAGCACAAAGGUAGAGACAGCAGUACGUCACACGAAGCAGCCACAAGUGUCAGUAAGAGUGUCCAUGAUUGAGUCUUUGAAUGUAGAGAUGGAGAUAAAACUGUCCAGUUUAAAUUAUUUGUAUAUACCAGGUUAUUUCAGGUAUGUUGAAUGAGCUGUCUUUCUUGUUCUCUCCAAUUGAGUUGUAGUGCAGAGUCUGAGUUCCAACCUCUGACCUCUAACCUCUGUUUCUCCUCAGCAGGGGAAACAGGCCCUGAGGAGGAGGAGGAGGAGGAUGAGGAGGAGGAGGAGCACACAGAGCAGGGCAACGACAGCGCUUCCUACCACCCUGACAAGGUCAGUAACACACACACACUCACACACACAGAGAAGCAGAAGAUGCUCAAAAGCCAAUCACAUUCGAACGGUCCAAGAUAUAUUUAUUCUCCUAUAAGUUCUGUUCUUUUUCAUGUGUUCAUAUCAGCCUAGCUAACAGUCUCAAUUUCUCUCUCUCUUUCCCCCAACCUCACCUCUCACACCCCAGCAUCGCCCCAUGCCCUCCCAGCCCCCACUGACCCGGGCAGAGGAAGAGGGAGGAGGUGAAGGAGGGCCAAUGAUGAUGGGAAUGAUGUCCCAGGUUAUGGGCAAAGGGAUGAUGACUCGCAGACCACACUUUGGCCCAGGCUCCGUGCCCCAGGAGUCCCCUGACGCCCCUGGAGGUCCUGGAUCCUGGAUGCAGCAGCGUCCCUCCCUCCGCCACGAGGAGCCCACCACCCCCUCCCCUCCCCGCGCUGUGGCCUCCCUGUCCGUGCGUGUCCUGGGGGACCCCGAGCGCCAGGGCCUGCCACCCUCCAUGCCCCCCCGCGCCCAGGCCCAGGAGAAGGAAGGCACUGCCCCGGCGGAUGACGACCGACCCGCCCACUAUGUGCUCCACCUCAGCCGCUCUGCCCGGGCAGCAGCCGGCGCCGGGGGUAACCGCGUCCAGGAAGACAGCGAUGAAGAUGAUGACAGCAGUGAGGAGGAUGAAGAUGAGUGGGGACCUGCAGCGGGGGCAAGGAGAGGGGUCGGUGGCGGAGGAAGAGGAGGAGGACGUUCCCCUCCCCCCCAGCCCCAGGAGCCUUCCCCCAGCGUCCCAGCGGGCCGAGAGCGGUCCAGACGCAAGCUCCAGCCUCCGCAACAUAUCCCCCCUCAGCAGGUAGUACACCAACCACCCAUGCAGCUCCGCCAGCCCACUCCGCCCCCCUCUCCACCCCCAGAGCUCUCCUUCCCCCUCCCCGACACCCCCAAGCAGAGCCCGCCCGACAUGGAUGAGGAGCCAGAAAGAGCAGGGGCUGGGGUGGCCGUCCGCUCCCCUCCAGGUGGCCUCCAGAGGCAGGACUCCGACUCCAGCUCCCGCUCCAGCAGCCCAGAGCCCCUGGCCCAGCGGCGGCCCGGACCCCUCUCCCUGCUCGCCCGCAAGAUGGCUUCCGAGGGAGCGUUCGGAAAGAGUGGUGAGGGUGCCUCAGACGGCCAGACAGGUCCUGGUGGGGAGUCUUCCGGACCAGGAGAUGGAGGUAGCCGCAUCCCAGGAGCAGGACCGGGGGUUGGGGUAGUCAUGUUCCCUGGGGCUGCUAUCACCCACACAGGAGGCAGCAGUGCAGCGCACUCCGGAUCCGUCCCUGUAGCUGAGGUCCCUGCACCAGUGGCUAUGUUUGGAUCAGGAGCCCAGUCCCAUCCUCUCUCUCUGGUGUCUGGAGCAGCUGUCCCCAGCAUGACCCUCACCGCUGAGCCCCAGGGUCCAUCUGGAGAGACGGCACAGAAGAGGACAGAGAAAGAGAAGAAGCAGGUGGAGGAGAGGGAGAUGAAGCAGGUGGAGAAGGAGAAACAGGAAGAGAAGGAGAGGGAGAGUUGCCUGCCGCCAGGGAAGCACAGACGUGACUUGAUGUCUCCGUCUGCGUCCUCACAGUUUGGGUCUGGGGGGUCAGAGGUGCCUGCGGUGAACCAGGGGGACAGCCCGAAGAAGUCACCCUUCGGCAGGGACGAACCCCUCUCCUCCCCUCCCGGCUCAACCACCUGCCUGCCUGCCGUCGCCCCCAAGAAGCCCCGCAUGUUCUCCGACACCUCAUCCGGCUCCAUGACGUCCCCAUCCCAAACCUGGGCAGCAAGGGUCUGUGGUGGUGACCAUCCCAGGGGGACCCCCUGAACCCCAUGGUAUAUCUGUGAAACCGCUCAAACAGGGAGUCCUCGUCUCAGGGGCCCAGCAGCACACGGACAACACCAUAGAGGUCACCUCACCGAACAAGGCGUCCGCGGAAAAGCCUGGAGGAGACGAUGGGAAGAUGGAGAAGGAGCGUGACAGCCAGGCAGAAAAGGGGACAGCGAAAGCCGGGGAGACCAGGAGAAGGGGACCUGAAGAGGCUGUUGAGGUUGAGCCCAUGGGGCCUGUUCUGCCCCCCUCUUACCUAGGUAAGAGAGAAGAGGAGAAGAAGCGGAAGGAAGAUGAGAGGAAGAAGGAAGAAGAGAGGUGCAGGCAGAGGAAGAGGGCGAGCAACAGGAGGUCAUCCCCCACCAGCAGCGGCGACUCUUCCUCCGAUUCUGGAUCCUCUUCAUCACGUUCCUCUGGCUCCAACCUCCUCCCAGGACAAAAAAAAGGUUAGUGACUGGGUAAUCCGGAUGUCAAAUCAAUCUUUCUCUCUGCAAUGACAAGCUACCAUCACCCUUCAGUACUAGAGCAGUCUACACAUUAGUCUCCGAUGAUGAUCCCGCCAUGCUAAUACUGAUGCACCAGACUGGCAGUGUGUCUCUCUGGGUGCAAGUGAGUUAAACUCACCUUCUCAUACUGACUGGGUCAGUGUGGGCUGAGGAGAAUUAGUAAAAGAUGCUUCACCACCUGUGACAUGCUUCUUUAUAUUAUUGAACAUAAUAAUUUAACAUAAUAACCGCUCUUCCCUCAUACAAUCCCAGCAAUCUUUCUUGACAUGCUUUUAUUUGAUCAUAUAAAAGGGGAUUAUUUUCCGGUACAGAAGUAGCUUCUUGCUUUUGUCUCUAACACAACACAUUGAUAUUUUGCCAUAUAUUGCCAAUUGUCUGUCGUUUGCUCAUUCUAUUUGUUUGUCAGAAGUCUGGCCCUGGAAAAGGAAGACAGGAUGAAAAGAGAAGACUGGAAAAGGGAGGAGAGAAGAAACAGUCUUCCAGGUCAGCCAUAAUACCAUUUGAGUUGCUCUCACAACGCACACACUCCUCCUUGUUCUUUACACAUACACACCAGGGUUUCCAUUAGCCGGUAAUAGCCGGAUUUAGGCUGCUAAAAAAAUGGAAAAGCCAGUCAAUAAAAUUGCCGCCGGCUAAUUGUCUGGUAGAAGAAGAAAAAUAAUGCUUUUUAGCCUAAUCAUUGUCAGUUAAGAACAAAUUCUUGUUUACAAUGACGGCCUACACCGGGAAAAAGCUGGACGACGCUGGGCCAAUUGUGCGCCGCCCUAUAGGAUACCAGUUGAUGGAAAUACGUUUGACCGGUCAUGAUUAUUGGUCUAUGGGUCAAUUUGCAUAAUUUAGUGGAAUUAAAUUGACGCAUGUGUAUAUUCGUUAUGUAUCUUAUUUAUGACACGCACAGCAUACAGAUACAGAGUCUUUUAGCGGAAAAUCUGUCAGACAUCACUUUUAUAAGCCCAAUCAUUGCGCAACAAUUCUAAAUGCAAUCAUGUGUUCAAAUGUUUUUUGGCCACGAUUAAAGAGGUAAUAUUUGUAUUUCUCAACUGGUAAUUGAAGUGUGCUUCCCAUUAGCCAUUCAAAUGCAUAGGCAAAGAAGGCAGGCUUCAUCAGUGCGUCACCUACCACUUUGUAAUGAGCUGGAGGCGUUAUGCAUUUUGAAAGCAUAUAGCUGCUUAAUUGUUUGAAACCUGAACAUUUUACUACAUAUUAUGAGGCAUGUUUACCUUGCUUCAAAGUAGCCUAGGCAAAAUCCAACCCUGUCCGUGGAGGCAAUUAUUUUAUAAAGACUUCCAUAUGCCAUUGAAACCAGUAGCCCAUUUCUCUCAUGUUCUGUUGGUUUUCAACUUUCUUUCACUGUCCGGUAGCAAAAUCCACAUUCACGCGUAGCCUACUGCCUUGUGAACAUUGCUGCGCUAAUAAUGUUAAGAAAUAAUAGUUGAUCAACAUUUUAGCUAAACAAAGCCUUUUAUUUUGUAAUUUAAAAAUUUUAUCCUAGUCCUAACGGUUGUAUGAAUUUGGGAGCACCGUGGGUGGACGCCCUAAUCAGGUUAUGCACCCAAUGCAUAUGGGUCUGAGAAAUAUACGGGUAAAUUAAAAUGCUGCCGGUCAAAUGUCCAGCGCCACAUUUUCAUAACGGAAACCCUGACACACACACUUCACAAAACAAACCCUUGGUGAGCUGCUAAUAUUUGCACACAUACAUUUUCCGAUGCAUUACCGAUUUGUACAGUGCUGUGAAAAAGUAUUUGCCCCCUUUCAGAUGUUCUCUAUUAUUGCAUAUUGUUAAUACUGAAUGUUAUCAGAUCUUCAACCAAAACCUAAUAUUAGAUAAAGGGAACCCGAGUUUACAAAAAAAUAAGUUAUUUUAUUUAUUUAAUUAACAAAGUUAUCAUAACACCCAACUCCCCUGUGUGAAAAUGUAAUUGCCCCCUUACACUCUAACUGGUUGUGCCACCUUUAGCUGCAAUGACUGCAACCAAAUGCUUCCUGUAGUUGUUGAUCAGUCUCUCACAUCGCUGUGGAGGAAUUUUGGCCCACUCUUCCAUGCAGAACUGCUUUAACUUAGUGACGUGUGGGUUUUCAAGCAUGAACUGCUCGUUUCAAGUCCUGCCACAACAUCUCAAUUGGGAUUAGGUCUGGACUUUGACUAGGCCAUUCCAAAACUUCAAAUGUGUUACUUUUUAACCAUUUUCAUGUAGACUUGAUUGUGUGUCUUGCUGCAUGACCCAGCUGUGCUUCAGCUCACAGACGGAUGGCCUGACAUUCUCCUGUAGAAUUCUCUGAUACAGAGCAGAAUUCAUGGUUCCUUCUAUUAAGGAAAGGCUUCCAGGUCCUGAGGCAGCAAAGUAUCCCCAAACCAUCACACUACCACCACAAUGCUUGACCGUUAGUAUGAGGUUCUUACUGUGGAAUGCAGUGUUUGGUUUUCGCCAGACAUAAAUGGGACCCAUCUCGUCCAAAAAGUUGAUGCAAGUUUGCCAAAAAGCACCUGGAAGCACCUGGAUGACUCUUGGAAGAAUGUUCUAUGGACAGAUGAGUCAAAAGUAUAACUUUUUGGAUGACAUGGGUCCCAUUAUUUAUUUUCCAAUAAAUUACUAUUAAGAAGGAAUUUGCCUGGAGGUUUUAAUUCUAGGCGUAAACAUAUUUCAACAUGUCCAGGCAAUAACAGGCUACACUGACAACUUGAGCUUGGCUCCCAAGUUUCUAAACCAUUCCAAACCAUCUUUGGUAUAGUGUCGCCAUAAUAUUGGAAUUGAGGAAGUGUGAUCAUAAUCAUUAUUUUCACGAUCUGCAGUAGACAUCCUAAAUGCAGAUGUGUGCUAAACAGUGCACUUGCACCUGAGAUGCAUUUUUAGGCUAUGGAUGAGAAAGUUAUCUUGUCAGGCUGCUUUGCGAUCUAUGAACAGCAAGGGUUGCAUUAAAAGUUGACACAUGUAGGCCCUUUUUAUAGGCUAUGCGCAGCACUUUGUUUUAAGCAUCAAUUUCUCUAUUUAGUUAGGCCUAUUGUUUUCUUGCUCAAACCACGAGCAACACCUGUCAAACUCAGACAUUUCUCUCAACACAGGGAUGUCGAUUUGCAUUGGACUAGCAAUAUAAGAGGACCGUGGAGUUGUUUUUUUGCGGCUGGAAUUAUUUACACACAGGUGUUCAGAGCACGGUAGAUACAGUGCGUUCGGAAAGUAUUCAGACCCCUUGACUUUUUCCACAUUUUGUUAAGUUACAGCCUUAUUCUAAAAUGGUUUAAAUUGCUUUUUUUCCCCAUCAAUCUACACAAUACCCCAUAAUGACAAAGCAAAAACAGGUUUAGAAAUUUGUGCACAUUUAUUAAAAAUAAAGAACUGAAAUAUGACAUUUACAUAAGUAUUCAGACCCUUUACUCAGUACUUUGUUGAAGCACCUUUGGCAGCGAUUACAGCCUCAAGGCUUCUUGGGUAUGAUGCUACAAGCUUGGCACACCUGUAUUUGGGGAGUUUCUCCCAUUCUUCUCUGCAGAUCCUCUCAAGCUCUGUCAGGUUGGAUGGGGAACGUCGCUGCACAGCUAUUUUCAGAUCUCCAUAGAUGUUUGAUCGGGUUCAGGCUCUGGCUGGACCACUCAAGGACAUUCAGAGACUUGUCCCGAAGCCACUCCUGCGUUGUCUUGGUUGUGUGCUUAGGGUCAUUGUCCUGUUGGAAGGUGAACCUUCACCCCAGUCUGAGGACCUGAGAGCUCUGGAGCAGGUUUUUGUCAAGGAUCUCUCUGUACUUUGCUCCGUUCAUCUUUCCCUCGAUCCUGACUAGUCUCCAAGUCCCUGCUGCUGAAAAACAUCCCUACAGCAUGAUGCUGCCACCACAAUGCUUCACCGUAGGGAUGGUGCCAGGUUUCCUCCAGAUGUGAUGCUUGGCAUUCAGGCCAAAGAGUUCAAUCUUGGAUUCAUCAGACCAGAGAAUCUUGUUUCUCAUUGUCUGAGAGUCCUUUAGGUGCCUUUUGGCAAACUCCAAGCGGGUGGUCAUGUGCCUUUUUACUGAAGAGUGACUUCUGUCUGGCCACUACCAUAAAAGCCUGAUUGGUGGAGUGCUGCAGAGAUGGUUGUUGUCCUUCUGGAAGGUUCUCCCAUCUCCACAGAGGAACUCUGGAGCUCUGUCAAGAGUGACCUCCCUGACCAAGGCCCUUCUCCCCCGGUUGCAAAAAUUCCCCAAAACUUGUUUUCACUUUGUUAUUAUGGGGUAUUGUGUGUAGAUUGAUGAGUAAAAAAAAAUGUUUUAAUCAAUUUUAGAACAAGGCUGUAAUUUAACAAAAUGUGGAAAAAGUCAAGGGGUCUGAAUACUUUCCCGAAUGCACUGUAGCUAAUUAACACAGGUGGUUCCGUCUGUCUUCCGUAAACAAGAGCUGCAACAUGGAGAUAUGGGCGUUUGGGAACACGAAGCCUAACCCUAUAAAGGUGCAAAACACAGCUACACGUGCGCCCGGGCGACAUUAAUCGAACCCCCUCUAUCAUCCCUGCCUCAGUUGUCUGUAAUGUGAAUGUUUCUUUGGAAUUUAACACGUUGAACACAUCCUUCUGGGCCCGGUUUCCCAAAAAGCAUCUUAAGGCUAAGUUCGUUAGAUCCUUCGUAGGAGCAUUGUUAAAUCUCUGAACGGUUUCCCAAAACCAAUGUUAUUAACAUUGCACUUGAAAACGCUCGUAAUCUAACGCCUAACUCAGACCACUCGUAGAACAGUGCGUCAUUAGAUGUAUUUUUGCCCUGCUGGGACACUUUAUACACAGAUCUCUGCUAAACAUUGAAUCGCAUGGUUUAUACGUCUCUCUCUGUGACUGCUGAUGACUUCAGAACAAAGUUGACUACAAAUACAAAGUUUCCAAUGUCUUUGCAAUUGAUACAAACAAGUGAGGUAUAAAAAGAUGCUUCAAAUGAAAACUGCGAUGACUGCAUCAAAAUAUAAACAGUAGGGGCCCGGGGUAAUCAUAUUGAAAUACAUUUAAUAUUAAAUCAAUUGAGUUCUAUUUUGAUACUUGUAGGCUACUAUCUAAUUUGUCUCUAUAUUUCAUGUGUAGUCUAACGUGUGCAAUGAUGUGCCAAAUCAGCGAUUUUAGUCCAUUUUUAUUGGGUAAGCAUUAGAAUAAGCCACCUCAAUAUUUGCAGCCAUAGGUGGUAAUAGGAGCUGAUCUGUCAUCAGUAUUGUAAAAUAAUUAUAAUGUUAAGGUAAGAUUUGAAUGGAGAAAGCUGAUCCGAUUUUAAUUCUCCCUUUCUUUCGAUACUAUAAGUAUUGACACAUACUCCAAUUUAUCGACCGUUCUCUCUGCGUGUUGUUUUGGGAAACACGUUACAUCUUCGGCCGUUGUAGGAAAGAUACAUCGUUAAAGCACUCCUAAGCUCCAUCGCUAUCAGGGAAACCGGGCCCUGGUCAUUGAUCUGUGGAUGGAUAAUUUGACUCCAGGAGUGGAUGGACGUCUCAAGGUAGCGAUCAAGAGUUUAAAGAUUAUAAUAAAAGCAGGAAGCACCAUUAAAAAUGUGUGUGCAGAUAUAUAUUUUAUGGGUCUUGCCUUUGCCAGAAGAUACCGACCCUACCCUUACGCUUGUUUACACUGAGCUGCACUGGGGUCUGAACGCAAUCAUGGUUACAUUAAGACACCUUGGAGCCGGCGUGAGAUAUGGGUUGGAAAACGUACCUCAAUGCAGACUACUAGUUUUCCCGGAAAACUGCCCUUUUCAUCCUCCGCUAGCAGUAGCCACAGCAGCUAUUAUGGAAUGGCACUUCAUGCUGAACAAGAAAGGAGCUUAUUGGCUGACUGCCAUUCCAAAAAUGGCUGCAGUGGCUACUGCUAGCUAGCAGGAGGACGAAAAGGGCAGUUUUCUGUGAAAACGCAGUAUUUAAAACUUCUCUAUGUAUGAGUGUGGAUGAUGUAAAAUGUUGAGUAUAGUUGCGUAUCCCAUCCCUGCAUUGAGGUAGAUUUUCCAACCCAUAUCUCAUGCUGGCUCUUAAUGUAACCAUGAUUGCAUUCCGACCCCAGUGCAGCUCUGUGUAAACAAGGUAAUGGUCUGUAUCUUCUAGAAACUCUUGCCUCAUCAUUAAGUUUUAAUGUCCAUCUAUGUCAUGAGUGAAGUAUGUUUCAUGGGUUUUGUGUUUUUUGAUGAAUGACACAUUGUUUGACUUAAUUUCUAAUUUGGACAUUUGACACAUGGAUAUAUUGGAAAGAAAAUGUGAACGGUUUAUUCCAUAUAGAGAUGACGCAAUUAAAUUGGCCAUAACACCACACCCAGAUUUUGCCACGUUUUAGCAUGAUCCAUUGUAACUACUCUACUACUGCCAAAUGUCAAAUUCGUUGUUACAAAAUAGCGAUAGCAUCCCUUCACAUACCGACAGCAUUGUAAACAGUCAAUUAUUACUUGCGCGACUACUAGUUAUAGAAAAGGCAAGGAAGGGGCAACGGUAGUCGUAUUUCUUGUUAGGCGUUUAAUGAGGCACCCCACAGCCGAAGAGAGACGGUUAGUGCAAUCCGGGAUUCUUGGGACGCCCCUUUCCUAAACUAAACCAAAGAUUAUCUAUUAUAUUGAAAAGAUAGCAGAGUGACCGCUCUAACAAUAGAAAGACAUGUCCUCAAUGAUUGAAGGCAGGGGAGAUCGGGUGGGACUAUUCUAGCCAGUGAGCGGGCAAAUACGCGUGUGAACAACAGGCACACAACUGUCGUUUUUCUCAAAGUAGCCGGAAUGCCAUCCACUUAUCAGUACAUUUGUAACAGGCUAAACAUAACAAAACUUCUAUAGGAUAAAAGAAGCUUCGCGUAAUUCGACACUCUCAGACCUCCAUACAAAAAGGGCUUAUCUCACGCGGACAGAUGUUGGGCAGGGUAAAUCCUCUCGCUUCGCCUUUCCCUCUCUGCCUUAACCCCUACAAUAACUCCAACCAGUUGAAAAUUGGGCUCCCGAGUGGCGCAGUGGUCUAAGGCACUGCAUCUCAGUGCUUGAGGCGUCACUACAGACCACCUGGUUCGAUUCCAGGCUGUAUCACAACCGGCCGUGAUUGGGAGUCCCAUAGGGCGGCGCACAAUUGGCCCAGCGUCGUCCGGGUUUGGCCGGUGAAGGCCGUCAUUGUAAAUAAGAAUUUGUUCUUAACCGACUUGCCUAGUUAAAUAAAGGUUUAAAAAAAAAUAUAUAUAUAUAAAAAAAUCGUCUUCAAUGGGGGUGACGUCAGAGUUGGAGGUCCCAAGGAUCCCGGAUAGCGAACUAUUUCCCCCUCUCGGCUCGCUAUCCAAUAUGGCCGUCGUGCGUGUAUUGGUACUCUGAUAUCGUCGCAGUGCACAAACCCGGCAGCCGCAAAAGGAUUUCUCGUCCUCGAUUUCAAUCCGUGCCUGACUGGAGCAAUCGAUUGCGAUAGUGUUAGGUGUCGGCGGUUUGAGCCAGACAAUAUGCUAUCAGAAGGGACCAAAAACGGGUAAGAUAGAGAGCGAAAGGUUAGGCAUUACGUUGCUAGAUUUGCUUCAUCGUAGUAGCUAAGGCGCAGCCAGUGCUGAUUGUCACUUGUGUCAUGUCUCAACCGCUCGUUCACCCUGCGCGUCUGGUGCCCUAAUUAAAUUAUCGCUAAACAUACGUUGUCACUGUCAGCGGUGGGCUUUUGAUUACUAGACUGACACGAAGUGUGUUACAUUACAUACAUUCGUCGUGCACGUGAGUCUCGCUCUCUCCGCGUCCACGUGGGGUGUGGAUCCGUUGGACUCGUGUUCGGGGAUGGGAGAUACCAGGGUAACUCCGCAGUCAUUCAAGUUUAUUAGUACCAGAAAAUACAUAUACGCAGAUAAGUAAGUACUAAAACUGGUAGUAGUUGGAUCAAACGCGACAUACUGAGAAUCAUGCAGAAGCUUAUGAAUUAAACAACGAAUUACUUCCUCGUUGUUCUUGACUCGUCGUAACAUGUUUCAGUUUAGCUUGUGUGUGUGUGUACUAAAGCUCACCUACACUCGCUGUGUGAAUCAAAUGGCUGUUUAGAGACCAUUUUAUAUAUCUGAAUGUACACUACCUGUCUCGCUAUGACUCCAGUACAUGAAUAGAUAUACUGCCUGUCUCACUCUGUAUGAAUGUCUUACUAUAUGAAUACAGUGUAGGUAACGACUCUCUCACUUCAGAGGUAGGGUAUGACUGAUUAAUUGUCCACCUCCUCUCCCUCGUCUUUUAUGCUUCUUUUGUCAGGUUAGUUAUUGCUGUGGAGAGGAGAUGGAUGGUGUCAGACAGAGCCAUGUAUAAAUAUAUAUGGCUCUGGUGUCAGAUUAAGAGUCGUGAUGAUGAUAAAGAAUACUGUUCAUGUUGUUAAUGAGCAAGUGUCACCAUGGGAGAUAAUUUAAUACACAAGACAUGUGUUGGCCAUUGUGGGUGGGUGCCCUUAUGGUGUGUCAUAAUUCUCCACCUGGCAAGGCUGGGGAUGAGGCUGUCUCCUGGGGGUACUAUAUGGACUAUCAAUGGUCAAUGUGGAGUAAGGAUUAAGUUAUAUAAAUGAGGAAAUGAAAAAAAAAAUGGGGGGCCUCUUUAGCAAAGAGGCAGUCCUCCUUCCAACGAACACACAAACGAACACACACUCUUAAUGAUUACAUCUGGGACCGGCUGCUCCUCCACUGCUGCCCCACUGGGGUGGAGUUCUAGUUGACAUAUGUCCCCUGGCCCCUCAUAGGCCUCAGAUUGCAGGUGUGUGUUCGGAGUGUGUAAGAGACACACGCAGAACAAUGGCUUCACUUUUUUGGUGUGGACGAUGUGGAAGGCUUGAGGAGUCCAAUCGGUUAUCAGUCAGUGACAUUAGGAUGACCCUGUAAGUGAUCUCCUCAAAAUGUGUGUACGCGUGUGGUCUUUGGUUAGUCAGCAGUGCAUGUCUUGGUUGGUCAAUCAGUGUGACUGACCGUAUGAGGAGUUUGUUUUGAGGAGUAUUUGUGACCUCGUAGCUGGGUCGCUGGGUGUCAGUUGGCUGUUUGGUGGUGUGAGAAAGUUAUUUAUAGUUGCACUGUCCCAGAUAACUAGCCUCAACCAACCUUCCCUUCUCUCUCUCUCCGUUUCCUGUGUCUUCUCGCUGUCUUGUCAUGAUCUGUCCUCUGUGUGUGUCCGACUCUCUCUUUACUAGAGGUAUCCUCAUCCAUCCAUCUUCUCUUAUUUUUUGAUGAGGGACACAUUUUUGUUCCUUCCUACUAGAUUGACUUUUUAGCUUUCAUGGCUAAUGGUUGUAGGUAGGACUAAAUACCACAUCUUUGCCGUUUUUAUGUGUUUUACGAUGACAUGCUCUUCAUUCAGAUCUUUGUAUGAUAAUACAUCAUCUCUCUCUACUAUCCUCUCUCUCUCUCUUCCCCAGGGAGGAGAAGCAGUCUUCCCUGUCGGAGCCGUCCGGCCCUGGCCCUAUGGAGGUGGUGGAGAGGACAGACCCAGAGGACUCCAGGGCCCCCCAGCCCACCCCCGAAGGGGACCCAGAGAACAGUGAGGGCCGCAUGGAGGAGGUAAGGCCGCUGAGAGGGAGAGGUGGGGGCCUGGGCGCAUGGGGAUAACUCUGGGGGGGGGGGGGGUCAGUGGAUGUUUCAGGAAGUAACCCCCUCGUCCUAUGGCUUAGUCUGGUACAGGCUGUGUCCCAAGUGGGACCCUGUUCCCUACAUAGUGCACUACUCUGUUUUGACCGGAGCCCAUAGGGUGCGCUAGAAAUAAAAUUGUGCACUAUAGGGAAUAGGAUGCCAAUGGGACACAGCCCUGGUUUGAGACAGUUAAACGUCCAUUGAUGGAUAUUUGUGGAUGUUUCAGGGUAACAGUGAACGAACAUACUAACCCCCUUGUUACUAUGGCUUAGUUUGAUACAGUUCAAAUACCCAUAGGUAGAUUCUUCUCUCCACAAAUGGGACUAAACAAACUAACCUAACCUCUUUGAAACAGCUAGCUAAAUGUCGAUAGAUACUGUUCGCAACAUACACUCACACAUAGACAUGCCACACACACGUUAUUCUAUAUUCUUCUAUAUCUGGAGGUUUUCAUAGAGCAGUUGCUUUAGCGACUGGACUGCAGGUGGUUCAUCACUAAUGGGGUGUGAAAUUAGACGUGAACUCCACAUGGACUGCAUGCGUGCUCCACAUCUCAAUGUUGUUGGGUCAUUUGUGUGUGUGUGAGAGAGAGGGUGAGUCAGGGUAAUCUACAGUCACAUUGCUCAUUAUUAUCACAAGCUAACAAAAUACACACGCACAUAAAUAUGCAUUUAACAUACAUUUUCCAAAUCCUAUUAUGACCAUACACGUAAUACUACAGAGCCAUCAAGGGUAGGCAGAGUCAAAUGUAUUUGUUUGGCCAUUUUGAAAUGAGCGUAAACCUUCCUUCCCUUCUUGUUAGUCAGAUCCAACAUAGUAAACCAACAGUGGUCAGUGGCUGAACGGACCACUAAUUUCAAAUGACAAUAGUCCAUUAUGAGAACUUCAGAGCAUUCUGCACUUUUACACAUUUCAGAUUAUAAACUAAUGCAAUUGCUAUUCAGCGAAGCAGUUCCUUUUGAAAUGGCUCACCCUCACUGUGUGUGUGUGUGUGUGGGGUUGUGACCUCAGGGUUUGCAUGAGUAAUAGCCCCUGACAGUGUGCAGGAAGAGAUGCAUCAAGUCUCUCCCUCUGCUUUCCCUCAUUUUCUCUCUACAUCCCUCUGUCCCGACUCGCUCUCUGUCCCGACUCUCGCUCUCUGUCCCGACUCUCGCUCUCUGUCCCGACUCUCGCUCUCUGUCCCGACUCUCGCUCUCUGUCCCGACUCUCGCUCUCUGUCCCGACUCUCGCUCUCUGUCCCGACUCUCGCUCUCUGUCCCGACUCUCGCUCUCUGUCCCGACUCUCGCUCUCUGUCCCGACUCUCGCUCUCUGUCCCGACUCUCGCUCUCUGUCCCGACUCUCGCUCUCUGUCCCGACUCUCGCUCUCUGUCCCGACCCGCGCUCUCGCUCUCUGUCCCGACCCGCGCUCUCGCUCUCUGUCCCGACCCGCGCUCUCGCUCUCUGUCCCGACCCGCGCUCUCGCUCUCUGUCCCGACUCGCGCUUUCGGCUCUCUGUCCCGACUCUCGCUCUCUGUUCCGACUCGCACUCUCGCUCUCUGUUCCGACUCGCGCUCUCUGUUCCGACUCGCGCUCUCCCUCUGUCCCGACUCGCGCUCUCCCUCUGUCCCGACUCGCGCUCUCCCUCUGUCCCGACUCGCGCUCUCCCUCUGUCCCGACUCGCGCUCUCCCUCUGUCCCGACUCGCGCUCUCCCUCUGUCCCGACUCCGCGCUCUCCCUCUGUCCCCGACUCGCGCGCUCUCCCUCUGUCCCGACUCGCGCGCUCUCCCUCUGUCCCGACUCGCGCGCUCUCCCUCUGUCCCGACUCGCGCGCUCUCCCUCUGUCCCGACUCGCGCGCUCUCCCUCUGUCCCGACUGGCGCGCUCUCCCUCUGUCCCGACUCGCGCGCUCUCCCUCUCUCCCGACUCGCGCGCUCUCCCUCUCUCCCGACUCGCGCGCUCUCCCCUCUGUCCCGACUGCGCGCUCUCCCUCUGUCCCGACUGCGCGCUCUCCCUCUCUCCCGACUGCGCGCUCUCCCUCUUCCCGACUCGGCUCUGCUCUCCCUCUCUCCCGACUGGCGCGCUCUCCCUCUCUCCCGACUGGCGCGCUCUCCCUCUCUCCCGACUGCGCGCUCUCUCCUCUCCCGACUCGCCCCGCUCUCCCUCCUCCCCGACUGUCGCGCUCCUCUCUCCUCCUCUCCCACUCCUCGCUCGCUCUCCCUCUCCCUCUCCUCGCUCUCCUCUUCCGACUCGCGCUCUCCCUCCCGCUCGGCGCUCUGCCCUCCUCCUCGACCGCGCGCUCUCCCUCUCGUCCCGACUCGCGCGCUCUCCCUCUGUCCCACUCCGCUGCUCUCUCCCCCUCUCUCCCGACUCGCGCCGCUCUCCCCUCUCUCCCUCCCGACUGCGGCUCUCCUUCCCCUCCUCUCCUCUCCCGACUCGCGCCUCUUCCCUCUCUCUCCGACUCGCAUCUCCCUCUCUCCCGACUCGCGCGCUCUCCCGACUCGCGCUCUCUCUCUCUGUCCCGACUCGCGCGCUGUCUCUCGACUCGCGCUCUCUCUCUCUCCCGACUCGCGUGCGCUCUCUCUCUCUCUGUCCCGACUCGCGCGCUCUCUCUCAUUCCCAUGAUCUCUUUAUUUAUUUUGGUGUGACUGCUGUUUUAAAACCCCAUUGAUUGCUUUGUUACGAAGGUGCCCAUGCCUCUUCCAUUGCCCCUAAUGGUACCUGCGUACUACUACUACUGCCACCUCCUCCUCCACUACUACUACUCCUCCUCCUCCAACUCCUGCCCCGCUAUGCCCAAGCGCCUCGGCUGGACCUGAGCUAGGCCCCAGAGUGAGAGCUACUACUACACCACACCUGAUUGCACUGAGGUAGCCUCAGAGAGAGAACCAGAGAGCCUGAGCCACCAAGGCCUCCCCUAACCCCCAGCACUGAUUCAGCCACAGAACCAGAGGCUGAGCCUGCAAGUCCUCCCCAGAACCAAAGCCUCCCCUCCAGCCCAGCCCUGAGCCAGCCACAGGGCCUGAGACUGACCCACCAAAGCCCAGAGCUGAGCCAGCCAAAGAACCAGAGGUUGAAUAAAAGCCACCCCUAACCUCCAGCCCAGUCAUUCGCUGAGCCAGCAGGAACACAAUAACAUCACACCAGAGGCCCUCUGUUGCCACAGCAACCAGCAACAGAACCCUGGGGAGGGAAUCCCACUCACUAAACUGCCUGAUGGAGAGGGAGGGAGGGGGACGUUGUCUGCUGCCGUCGCCCUCCCUUCCUUCCUUCCGCCAUUUUGUGGAGAAACUAAAGCUACAGCUACUCUCCGCACCAAGAGAGAAGGAGCAUGUUCUGCCAGACUUAUCACAGACAGGAUGACUUCCUGCUGUUUAUCCCUGUGUCUCCAUGCCAGUCUGCCCCCUACUGGUCGAGAGGACUAUAAACAGGCAGGAGCCUUUCUGCCUCAUGGACUUGAAUGAACAGGGCCCACCUACACACUGAUGAGGCCCAUCCAGAUAUCAUCAGGGCCUGAUCAUCUGAAACGACACCAAGUUGACUUUCUCUGAUGCAUCUCCCAGCUAUGUGUCUUCAAUGUAGACACUCGAGUGGAUUAUUGAAAUGGAUUUAAAACAUUAUUUUGGACUACAUAUUUUUUCAUAAGACAACCGCUGAGUGCGAGAAAAUAUGGAAAUGUUUUGUUGCUACGGGCCUUUUCAUUGGCUCAUUGGCUCGUUCCCUUGUUCCGAAUGCUACUAUUGGCUUGGCCUGCCAGGCCAGCAGCCAACCUGGACCUUGAUUGGCUGGUCAAUCCUCAUUAGAGACUAUUACAACCUUCUGGAUUUUAUUUGAACGUUUCACUUGCAUCAAAGAUACUCAAAGCAAAGUCGAAAGGACAUAUUUUGGCGAAUCUGGUUGCAGAGUACACACAGAAUAAGUCAUCAGUAUGUGUGCUUAUAGCCUGCACUCUGAAUUCACAACUAUUGAACAUCUCCCUACGGCUUCCCCCUCACGGAACUUUUGACACUACACCAGCCACUAUGGAUUUAAACUUUAAUCUGUGGUCUCAUUGGACUAUUGGUUAUUACACAACCAGAGGCUUUUCAGUUGGAACUUUUCAAGUCUACAGGGCACGCAAAUUCUGUCAUGGACAUCAAGCGAUCCGAUUUGUUUAUAUUGGGACUUCCAAAGUUUUGACCCCCUUCUACCAAUAUUAAUCGACGAACCAACAAUUCAUGAACUCCUUGCCUAACAAGCAAAAGGCAAAAUGACUCUAAUCAAGCAAAGCACCAGUCAAAAAGUCCAAAGUUAAGAUCACUUCCUGCCUGCCAGCUAAUCACCAUUCAGCACACUCAAAUCGAGUACCGCCCUCACUCCUCUGCCUUCUCUGAUUGGACCCUUGUUGCCUAGAUACAGUACACAAUGCCGUGCGGUUGGGCCAUAGCCAAGCCAGUGGGGAAUCAGGUGUCAAUGGUACCAGGAAAUGACUUGUAAUUUUUCUCUCUAUUUGAGAUGUUUUUUUGUUUUUCUUUUAAUUAACUAUUAAGAAAAGAAAUGUCAGUUAGUUUCUUCUCAUAUCUUUUUGGUUGUUUACUUCAAGACAGGAGGAUUGACUUCAUUUUGCUAUGUGUAACUCAGUAUAACCCCUUUUAAACUCACAAUUACUGCAGUUUCAAUUUGAUAAAAAAAAAAAAACAUAAUUUGAGCUCCUAAAGCUGAUAUCUAGCCUAUCCUAAGUGUCUGCAUACAUUUCCUGGCAGAUCACCGUCCUUUAUUUGAAUCCUCCACUGAAUUGGAACUGCAGUAUCAGCCCAGACCUGUUCAGGUGUCUCUGGUCUGACAGACAAUGUCUCCAGCGCCCACCCCUCCACCUCUGUGACAUCGAACACUCGGUCGCAACCCAAACAGCGACUCACAACAUUAGUUCCUGUCAUAUUUUACGUUGAUGUUUAGGCACCAAUACAAAUGUAAAAUGUAAGGACUACAUGUAAGGGCCAUAACGAAGACUAUACAGGAUUAUAAACAAUUGAUACAGUUCCAGUAUAGUCGGUCUCUGCUUACCACACACAGGAAGAGCCAGACACUCAAGUCAUUAUUAACGAUCAGCUCAAGGGUAUCCCCCCGACUGUCUAGUAUGCUGGUCUGAACAUUAACAUCCUAGACCCAGAGGCCAUAAAGAUGCAUUAACACAACGCCCUUUAUCACUCCACUUGGAGCUAAAAGGUAUUAGUCAAUGUCAGUCAGUCAGUCUUCUACUCAACCAGCUGAGGUCUCGAUCAGUGUAGCAGAGGAAAGCUAGUUGAUGCCUUUUAUGUAUUAUUUUCUAUGUACUUGGUUUGUACUCAAUGGGCACUACAUCCACAGCAACACAGCAGGAUUAUAUUACCACUGUGUCUACAAGAACACACCAACACACACCAGUCGGAGUUGUCUGGUGAUUAGCCUAGCUACACCCACAGUAACACAGUAGGAGCUGUCUGGUGAUUAGCCUAGCUACACCCACAGUAACACAGUAGGAGCUGUCUGGUGAUUAGCCUAGCUACACCCACAGUAACACAGUAGGAGCUGUCUGGUGAUUAGCCUAGCUACACCCACAGUAACACAGUAGGAGCUAUCUGGUGAUUAGCCUAGCUACACCCACAGUAACACAGUAGGAGCUGUCUGGUGAUUAGCCUAGCUACACCCACAGUAACACAGUAGGAGCUGUCUGGUGAUUAGCCUAGCUACACCCACAGUAACACAGUAGGAGCUAUCUGGUGAUUAGCCUAGCUACACCCAAAGUAACACAGUAGGAGCUGUCUGGUGAUUAGCCUAGCUACACCCACAGUAACACAGUAGGAGCUGUCUGGUGAUUAGCCUAGCUACACCCACAGUAACACAGUAGGAGCUGUCUGGUGAUUAGCCUAGCUACACCCACAGUAACACAGUAGGAGCUGUCUGGUGAUUAGCCUAGCUACACCCACAGUAACACAGUAGGAGCUGUCUGGUGAUUAGCCUAGCUACACCCACAGUAACACAGUAGGAGCUAUCUGGUGAUUAGCCUAGCUACACCCACAGUAACACAGUAGGAGUUAGAGCUCACGCUAACACACCAGGAGUGGUGUACUUUGGUUGUCUAGUGAUUUCUUACAGUGCUACAGCCACACCAACACACAGCAGGAGUAUAUUCAGGCGUUCUCUAGUGAUUAUCUCCCAGUGUCCUUUGAACAAAGGUGGGGGCGAACGUGUCUGGAGUCUCUCUGUAUCGACCAAGCCCCCCCACCCCCCCACCUCUCCUCUCUCUAUCCCCCCACCUCUCCUCUCUCUCUCUAUGCCCCCACCUCGCCUCUCUUUCUAUCCCCCCACCUCGCCUCUCUUUCUAUCCCCCCACCUCGCCUCUCUCCAUGCCCCCACCUCGCCUCUCUCCAUGCCCCCACCUCGCCUCUCUCCAUGCCCCCAACUCGCCUCUCUCCAUGCCCCCAACACGCCUCUCUCCAUGCCCCCACCUCGCCUCUCUCCAUGCCCCCACCUCUCCUCUCACCAUGCCCCCACCUCGCCUCUCACCAUGCCCCCACCUCGCCUCUCUCCAUGCCCCCACCUCGCCUCUCUCCAUGCCCCCACCUUGCAUCUCUCCAUGCCCCCACCUCUCCUCUCUCUCUCUAUGCCCCCACGUCGCCCCUCUCUCUCUAUGCCCCCACCUCGCCUCUCUCCAUGCCCCCACCUCGCAUCUCUCCAUGCCCCCACCUCGCCUCUCUCCAUGCCCCCACCUCGCCUCUCUCCAUGCCCCCACCUCGCCUCUCUCCAUGCCCCACCUCGCCUCUCUCUAUCCCCCACCUCUCCUCUCUCUCUAUCCCCCCACCUCUCCUCUCUCUCUAUCCCCCACCUCUCCUCUCUCUCUAUCCCCCCACCUCUCCUCUCUCUCUAUCCCCCCACCUCUCCUCUCUCUCUAUGCCCCCACCUCGACUCUUUCUCUCUAACCCCCCACCUCUCCUCUCUUUCUAUCCCCCCUCCUUUCUCUCUAUCCCCCACCUCUCCUCUCUCUCUAUCCCCCCACCUCUCUCUCUCUGUUUAGUCUGUUUUGUCCCAGUAUCUGGGUCUCAUCUCGCCCCACACCCCUGGGGUAUCUGUUAUGUCCUCUCUGUCGUUCCAGAGCACCACUCUUAAAGCUUUGGCCGCACGCAAGAUCUCUUUGACCAGUGAGUAUUACCAGUUGACCUUUUUACAGAUUCUCACCUCAGUGAAUCAGGAAUUGUAUGUCUUCAAUCUGUAAUUUACAAUCAAAAAGGGUAAAAGUUUUCCCCUCAUGUUAUCACUAUUACACAAUCUGUGAUACUAACCUGUUGUUUCUCUCAGCAGGCAGUAAGACUUCUCCAGAGGGAGCAGCAGCAGGAGAGGCAGACUCGGGGACCGCCGCUGGGAGGAAGAGGAGGUGGGGAUCCAGCACGGCCGUCACCGCCAAGAAACCAUCCAUCAGCAUCACCACAGACUCACUCAAGGUACUGGAGUGGACGAACGGAGGGACACGCACAUGCAUUCUGACAAUCGACUAGUAGAUCAGCAACUCAUGGGGAGAAAAAGAACACUACAUUUAACUUCGGAAAGAACAUGAAUUCAAAGUUGUUACAUUAAAAAUGAUUGACCUCCUUUCGCUCCCCCCCCCCCCCCAGUCUCUGAUCCCAGACAUCAAGCCCAGUCAGGAGGCUGUGGUGGAUCUCCACCCAGACGACAUCCAGCUGUCUGGGGACGAGGACACCUCCUCCACCACCAGGGAGGACCAGGGCCUGGACAAGGACCUCAAGAUCAGACGCACCGUCACACAGGUGGGGAGUACAUGUGUGGGGCUUUCAUGCAUAAAGCCACAGUGUCUCACUCAGAAAAAUAUACACUUGAACUGUUGAUGCUAGUUCAGACGUAAAGUCACACGAGAGCUGGGAGUCGGGAAUACCACUGCUACACCUGUACUGGAGGUGUACUGAUACAGGCUACAGGGGGUCAGAUGGGUCCCCUGUUUAGUAGGCUACUGGAUCAUACACAGACAUCUAUGUAGCAGUACUGUACGGAGGUGGAAUCUGAACCACCAUGCAAUCUCUUGAAUGAUCACAUGACGUUAAUAAUAGUAAUUGGAGACAUACUGGUAGACUCCAUGUAGAUUUAAAAUGGCUUUAGGUCAUCUUUCCCCCACUCACUGUGGUAUUAUUAGGAUCAUCCUGCAAUCAGCUGUAGUGAUUACAUUCUCUCCUCCAUUCACAGGUGGUCCCAGGUGAAAGCCAGGAGAAUGGCCAGGGAGGACGAGAAGAGGAGGAGGAGGAGAAACGGGAGCGUGACAGAGAGAGGACACACAAAGAGAAGAGAAAGGACAGCUACUCAGAAGACACCAUGGAGUGUCAGUCCUCUACAACACAGGACGCCGACACCAAGAAAGGUAACUAACCACAGGGUUGGGGUCAAUACCAUUUCAAUUCAGAAAGUAGACCCAAUUCCAAUUGGACAUUUUCAUCAUUGAAAAGCAGUGAAGAGAAUUGGAAUUUCAGUGUAUUUCUGAAUUGACUGGAAUUGAAAUGGAUUUGACACCAACCCUGAAUUACCACACAACAGUUCUGAAGUGUAACACCAUCUCCCAAGCCUCUUAGGCAAAUACACUAUAUACUCAAAUGAGUGGAUUUGGUUGUUUCAGCCACACCCGUUGCUGACAGGUGUAUAAAAUCAAGCACACAGCCAUGCAAUCUCAAUAGACAAACAUUGGCAGUAGAAUGGCCUUACUGAAGAGCUCAGUGACUUUCAACGUGGCACCGUCAUAAGAUGCCACCUUUCCAACAAGUCAGUUCAUCACAUUUCUGCCAUGCUAGAGCUGCCUCGGUCAACUGUAAGUGCUGUUAUUGUGAAGUAGAAACAUCUAGGAGCAACAACGACUCAGCCACGAAGUGGUAGGCCACACAAGCGCACAGAAAUGGGACCGCAGAGUGCUGAAGCGCAUAGCAUAUAAAAAUGUUCUGUCCUCGGGUUGCAACACUCACUACCGAGUUCCAAACUGCCUCUGGAAGCAACGUCAGCACAAUAACUGUUCGUCGGGAGCUUCAUGAAAUGGGUUUCCAUGGCCGAGCAGCCUAAGAUCACCAUGCGCAAUGCCAAGCGUCGGCUGGAGUGAUGUAAAGCUCGCCGCCGUUGGACUCGAGCAGUGAAAUGCGUUUUCUGGAGUGAUGAAUCACGCUUCCCCAUCUGGCAGUUCCGACGGACAAAUCUGGGUUUGGCGGAUGCCCGGAGAACGCUACCUGCUCCAAUGCAUAGUGCCAACUGUAAAGUUUGGUUCGGGCUAGGCCCCUUAGUUCCAGUGAAGGGAAAUCUUAACGCUACAGCAUACAAUGACAUCCUAGACGAUUCUGUGCUUCCAACUUUGUGGCAACCGUUUGGGGAAGGCCCUUUCCUGUUUCAGCAUGACAAUGCCCCCGUGCACAAAGCGAGGUCCAUACAGAAAUGGUUUGUCGAGAUCGGUGUGGAAGAACUUGACUGGCCUGAACAGAGCCAUGAACUCAACCCCAUCUAACACCUUUGGGAUGAAUUGGAACCCUGACGGCGAGCCAGGCCUAAUCGCCCAACAUCAGGGCCUGACCUCACUAAUGCUCUUGUGUCUGAAUGGAAUCAAGUCCCUGCAGCAAUGUUCCAACAUCUAAUGGAAAGCCUUCCCAGAAGAUUGGAGGCUGUUAUAGCAGCAAAAGGGGGACCAACUCCAUAUUAUUGCCCAUGAUUUUGGAAUGAGAUGUUUGACGAGCAGGUGGCCACAUACUUUUGGACAUGUCUAUUGUGACAAACCUCUAACCCAUUUCUUUCCUACUUUCUCCCUGGCCUUUCCCCCCUUCUCUCUCUCCAUCAGUCACUCCCAGUGAUACUCUGGUGCGUCGCUCCAUCAGUCAGCAGAAGUCUGGUGUGUCUGUUACCAUCGACGAUCCUGUCCGCACAGACAAACAGCCCUCACCGCCCAGAGGCAAAGUCUCCAACAUCGUCCACGUCUGUAACCUGGUGCGACCUUUCACCCUGGGCCAGCUGAAAGAGCUGCUGAACAGGACAGGCUCUGUGGUGGAGGAGGGCUUCUGGAUCGACAAGAUCAAAUCUCACUGCUACGUCACUGUGAGUAACGCUCUCUCUUGCUCACCCUGUCUCUCUCGAUCUCUCUCUCUCAUACCAGUUAUCAUUGUCUGUCUGAGAAUCAAGUCUUGUCAGAUUAUUUAUUCCCAAAUUACUUGAGCCCUGAUGGCUUUGAAAGUCCACACCACACCAUUGUUUUUCAAAUAAUUGGCCAUUGUUUGUUGACCUGUCUCUCUCCUCCCAGUACUCCAGCACAGAGGAGGCUGUGGCCACACGAGCUGCUCUCCACGGGGUGAAGUGGCCCCAGAGCAACCCUAAAUUCCUCAGUGUGGACUUCUGUGAGCAGAAUGAGGUAAUUCUACUCUACCCUCUCACACCCAACAGGGAACAACCGGAUAGUAAUAGUAAACGCUAGAAUUCCAGGAAGAGCCCUGAUGAACUAAUGGGUAUCUUCAUAAACUAGCUUGGGAAAGAAAUAGCUGGCGCUUCACUCAGGCAUAAAGGAAUGUAACCCAACAGAAGGAAUACCUCGGUCUAUUGUGUGUAGAUCAUGUCUAUAAAGAGAGUAUAUAUCAUUUAGAUGUUUUGAUUUUUUUUAAACAGAUAAAAAUACACCUUAUGGAACAGUGGGGACUGUGAAGCAACACAAACAUAGACACAUGCAUACAAUCCAUAAUAAUAAUAAAUACAACCACACAUUAAACCCUUCCUCUCCUCUCUUAUCCAUCCAAGAAAGUGUUUAAAGUGAUAAAACACUGCUGCCCAGGGCCUCCCAAGUGGCGCAGCAGUCUGAGGCACUGCAUCGCAGUGCUAGAGGUGUCACUACAGACCUGGUUCGAUCCCAGGCUGUAUCGCAACCGGCCGUGGUCGGGAGUCCCAUAGGGCGGCGCACAAUUGGCCCAGCGUCGUCCAGGUUAGGGGAGGGCUUUACUUGGCUCAUCGCGCUCUAGUGACUCCUUGUGGCGGGCCGGGCGCCUGCAGGCUGACCUCGGUGGUCAGUUGAACAGCGUUUCCUCUGACACAUUGGUGCGGCUGGCUUCUGGGUUAAGCGGGCGGGUGUUAAGAAGCACGGUUUGGCGGGUCAUGUUUCGGAGGACGCAUGACUCAACCUUCGCCUCCCGAGCCCGUUGGGGAGUUGCAGCGAUGAGACAAGAUUGAAAAUACUAAAAUAAUAAUAAUACAAACAAAUAACACUGCUGCCCAUGUAAAAAUGUACCUCUCCUCUCAUUCACCCUAUUUUCCUCUAAUUCAUCCUUUCUUCCCCUCAUUCUCUCCCUUCUCUAGCUGGACUUCCACAGAGGUCUGCUGACCGUGGACCCCAGAGAGGAGCAUCGCCCCCAGCCUGCUGUGGGUCCUGGAGGUCCCAAAGUCCGUCCGGGGGGGCUGCCCCCUCUGAUGCCUGAACGGGACGGGCGUGGGGACCGCGGGGCUGUCGGAGGGGUGCGGGACCAGUGGGCGGAGAGAGAAAGGGAGAUGGAACGCCGGGAGAGGACCAGGGCGGAACGCGAGUGGGACCGGGACAAGGUCCGAGACUUCGGAGACAAACCAGGAGAGGUGCGGGAGAGAGGGAGGAGAUCUCGCUCCCUGGAUAGAGAGAGGAGGCGGAAGGAGAGGGACGGGAAGGAGAGGAAGACCGACAAAAAGGGUGAGAGGGGUUUUAAGCCUUGCAGAAGCUCCUGUUAGAUAGAUAGCACAUUAAAACUGACUUUUGAAAGUAUUGUUACUACAUCAUGUUACUGAACACCUCAAAAUGUCCUAGCUAUGUUCGUAGCCUAUAGCUAUGAUGUUCAGACGCUCACUCGCUCCCCCUCUCUCCUCCGUCCUCCAUUUUGAUCUGUUCCAACAGAAGAGCCUCCUGCCAAACUACUAGACGACCUCUUCAGUAAGACCAAAGCAGCUCCCUGUAUAUACUGGCUUCCCCUCACUGAGGAACAGGUUAGAGACACACAAACUCAUCCUAAUGCAACAACUUGAUAGGAGUGUGUGUGUUGUUAUUAAUGACCUUUGUUGGUAUCUCCAGGCAAACGAGAGGGAGAAGGAACGGGAAGAGCGACAGAAAGAACGAGAGAGGAGGCGGAAAGAACAGCAGGAGGAGGAGGACAAGAAGCGAGAGGAGGAGAGGAAGGAGAGAAUAAAAAGCAGAGAGGAGGGAGGAGCUGCGGUCAGCACUGGAGGUGGGAGUGUCCGGGGAUCUGAGGGAGACCGGGACAGAGAGCGGGAGCGAGGGAGGGACAGGGAGGGGGAGCGAGGGAGGGACAGAGAGGGGGAGCGAGGGAGGGACCGAGAGGGGGAGCGAGGGAGGGACAGAGAGGGGGAGCGAGGGAGGGACAGAGAGGGGGAUAAGAGGAAGGACAGUGGUGGAUUCAAACCCAGAGGUCCCGACGCUAAACCCUUGUCCGGGUUCCGCCGUAGCCGUAGCAACCUCCGAGACAGACGCCGCUGA